AUGACGACCCACAAUACGGAAGAAAUCGUGAAUCACUUACUUAUGCAAGAAGAUACGGAUCAAAUUCUCAAGAAGUUUUGGGAAUUGGAAGAAGUCCCUAAGAGUUCUCGUCUAACUCAAGAAGAAAGGGAAUGUGAAGAUCACUUCACUAAAACAACAAUGCGGGAUGAUGAAGGGAGGUACGUUGUCAAACUUCCAGUAAAGGACGGCGCCCCUUCUCUCGCUGAAAGCUACCAACAAGCUGAACGACGCUUUUUAUUACUUGAACAACGUCUCUUAAAAGACAAGCAACUGAAGGAUAAGUACGAAGCAUUGGUAAACGAAUUCAUUGAUCUAGGACAUCUAGAACUCGUUCCCGCAGCAGAAAUCAAAAAACAUUGCGCAGACGUGUUUUACCUUCCGCAUCACUGUGUGACUAAGGACUCUAGUACGACAACUAAGCUUCGUGUUGUCUUUGAUGCUUCAGCCAAAACGAGUGGUGGAGGUCCAUCUCUUAAUGACACACUCAUGACUGGUCCCGUGAUCCAAGAUAGUUUGUUCGAUAUACUCAGUCGCUGCCGAGUUCAUCACAUUGCCUUAUCUGCUGAUGUGGCCAAAAUGUAUAGACAAAUCUGUUUAACACAACCAGACAAGGACUUUCAUCGAAUACUCUGGCGAAACGAUCCAAAGAAACCCAUUAAGACCUACAGGAUGACUCGCGUGACCUAUGGGACACGUUCAUCUGCAUACCAUUCAACUAGAUCCCUCACGGAAACAGCUUUAGAUGUUGACAACGAAAUCACCGCUCAAGUCAUAAGAAACGAUUUCUAUGUCGACGAUGCUCUUACAGGUGCAGACACUGUGGAAGGGGCAGUCGUAUUACAAGAUAAUCUUAUAUCAACACUCAAGAAAGGUGGUUUCGAUCUUCGAAAGUGGUCAAACGAUUGCCCACAAGUAAUCACAAGAUUACCGAUUUCAUUGCAAGAGGCACCCGAAGCCUACACAAUCUGUGACAAACAGCACUCAAUCAAGACCCUUGGUGUGAAGUGGCACCCAAUCACUGAUCAAUUUUCGUUCACUGUAACAAGAAAGCCUGAAAUAUCAAAGUUGACAAAGAGGAAACUGCUGUCUGAUGUUUCCACAUUCUACGAUCUCAUGGGCUGGCUUUCUCUUACAAUCUUACAGUUCAAGAUUCUCUUGAAAGAAUGCUGGCUGGCUAGAUCUGAUUGGGAUGAACGACUUCCGGAAUCUAUUGAGAUGUCAUGGAGAAAUUCUAGAGAAGAACUUUCUUUGUUUCAAAAUUUAACAAUCAACCGACCCUUAACACCACUUUCGAAUGAUCCUAACGACGUCACAGCCUUGACGGCAGGUCAUUUCCUUAUAGGAGCACCCUUGACGUCACUUCCUGAUAGUUUACCGAACAAGGAGACAGCCUCUGUGACGCUUAAGCAAC